GAGGAGUUACUCUGUCCAGUUUUCUAUCAAUGCUAGAAAUGAAAAAUGGUCAGAGGAAACUGUGAAAUAAAAGUUUCCGGUUAAAGAAAACGUAUUAUUUUAAACAAUGACGCCUACGUUUUAACAUAUGGGUGGGAAUAUGAAUGUAGCAUGACCUAAAGGCUUUGGUCCUCACUGAAGUAAUGCUUAAUUUGAAUCAAAGUGGGUCGUGACACACAAUGAUUUAUUUGUUGCUCCACCAACUACCAAAUGUGUUGACAACAGUUGUGUCUAAUUCAAACGUCUUCAGAAGCUUCCAGAGUGUUCCACCUUUUCCAUGCAGCCUUCUCAACUCAAGCUGAAGCUGAGAGCAGAUGAGCAGGACAACUUCAUGUGACAAACGUGCUUCUUAUCCUUGUAACUCCACCGUCACACAUAAACAGACACAUGACCGCAAGUCAGAGUAACUAAAGCUUUGCGUACCGGCACAGCAGAAAUGUCUGAGAGCGGCACAGGAGUUCACUGAGCCACUCUCCUUCGGCUAUGAUCACUGCUGACGUGAGUCCCCGUUGAAUCUGAAGUCCGUCAGAGUCCCACCGUGACUCUGUGUGUGAGGAACUGACAACUGUACACCCCCUUCUUCAUUCACUACAAUGCAUCUCACAGCAGAGAAGAUAGAGCUGGGGCUCAACCCGUCGUUCGGGGAUGGCGAUGAACAACCUCAGCUGACGGUCGACAUGGAACCACAAACUGAGAAUGUGCUGGAAGAUCCUGUGAACAGAGGAGUAGAUUUGGUUUAUUCUCUCAAUGACAGACCACCUUGGUACCUCUGCAUCCUGCUGGGCUUCCAGCACUACAUCCUUGCAUUUGGGGGCAUCAUUGCAGUCCCGCUGAUCCUCGCCGAGCCCCUUUGCAUACAGGACAACAAUGGAGCUAAAAGCCAGCUCAUCUCCACCAUCUUCUUUGUGUCGGGAUUAUGCACGCUGCUGCAAACGGCUGUUGGAACCAGAUUACCAAUCCUCCAAGGUGGGACCUUUAGUUUUAUCACUCCAACUCUGGCUAUUCUUGCCUUGCCCAAGUGGCGGUGCCCAAACCCCAAAGCUCCUGCAAUGCUGUCUGUGCUGAUGGCGAACGACACCCAUCCUCUGGAGGUGGAGGAGUCCGAUGAGGUGUGGAUGUCAAGAAUACGAGAGAUCCAAGGAGCCAUCCUGGUGUCUUCCCUACUCCAGAUUUUUCUGGGCUUGUCUGGGCUGGUGGGCUUUGUGCUAAAGUACAUUGGCCCUCUGGCAAUUGCUCCAACCAUCAACCUCAUUGGUCUGUCUCUAUUCAUUGAGGCUGGGAAAAAAUGUGGCGGUCACUGGGGAAUAGCUGCUCUCACGGUGUGUCUGAUCCUCCUAUUCUCCCAGUAUCUCAGCAAAGUUAACGUCCCAAUGAUCGCUUACAAGGAGAAGAAGUGGAAAGUAUUCCAGUAUCCACUUUUCAAGCUCUUCUCCGCUUUGCUCGGGAUGUGUGGCAGCUGGCUGGUCUGCUUCUUACUGACCGUGUUUGACGUACUGCCUUCAAAGUCUGAUGAGUACGGCUUCGCAGCCAGGACUGAUAUUAGCAUGGAUGCUGUGACGAACUCCCCCUGGAUUCAUGUGCCAUACCCAGGUCAGUGGGGGGUUCCCACAGUGAGUCUGUCUUCGGUUCUGGGCAUGAUGGCUGGCGUUUUGGCAUCAACUAUGGAAUCCAUUGGUGACUACUACGCAUGUGCUCGAUUGUCUGGUGCACCCCCACCUCCAACUCACGCCAUCAACCGAGGGAUUGCUGUGGAAGGCAUUGGCUGUAUCCUGGCUGCAUUGUGGGGAACUGGGAAUGGCACCACCUCCUACAGCCAAAACAUUGCUGCACUUGGAAUAACCAAGGUUGGAAGCAGACUUGUUCUCCAGACUACUGGAAUACUCAUGAUUGUUCUGGGGAUCUUUGGAAAGUUUGGAGCAGUUUUUAUCACCAUUCCAGACCCAGUCAUUGGAGGCAUGUUCCUGGUUAUGUUUGGAAUGAUAGCAGCCGUGGGGAUUUCUAACCUCCAGUACGUGGAUCUCAACUCGUCUCGCAACCUCCUUAUCCUGGGCUUCUCCACGUUCAGCGGUCUGGUGCUACCCAGCUGGUUUCACUCCAAUCCUGGCAUCAUCGACACAGGAAUAAAGGAACUGGAUCAAGUAAUUGUAGUGCUCUUCACUACACACAUGUUCAUUGGGGGAUUUUUUGGAUUCAUCCUGGACAAUACAAUUCCCGGUACUGAUAAAGAAAGAGGCAUCAAGAACUGGCAAGACAAAGUUCAGGAGGAAAUGAAUGGUUCGUGUGACCUGACAUGCUAUGAUAUUCCUUUCUGCCGCAGUGUUUUCAAACGGUUGAAAUGUUUUCAGUAUCUGCCCUUCCUUCCUUCUUACAAAAACACAAAUGAGAGAACAUCCAAGUAGAAAUGUUUGCAGCUUUUCAACAAGGCCAAAUGAUGGUGGGCACAUUUUGCAUUAAAAGGAAAUAAAAAAAAAUAAAUAAAUAAAUAAAACAUGCUUUUAUGCUUGUUGGGAACAAACAAGGACAGUGCAUAAUGUUACACUAUUGCUUCCAAUUUAAUGUGGGUGAAUCUGAUAACAUGUAUUGUCUUUCUGUGAAAAAUGCUGCAGCAAACAAUGUCGUGUGCUUCUAGUUUUCACCUUGUCUAGAUAAGUGGGUGCUAUUUUGAUGACUAGAGUUUAUGUGAAGCAAAACUAACCCAUCCUAAAGUUGUAAUUUAGCUUUAAAAUCCCUUCCAGGUGAGUUUGGAGGGUUAGGAAUCACACGUACACUCUAAACAGGAUCAACCCUACCUCAGUAAGAGGAGGUCCAACAGGAUCGGCAGGCAGUUUUACCAAAGAAGGGUGCAACGUGCUCAAAAAAUGUUUUGAAUGUUUUUUUCAACGCUCCUGCUUUAGGCUGCAGGCCUCAAACUUUGAUCUGUCAUCACUUAAUAGACAUGAGAAAAUGUCCUUCCUCUGCAUGCUUUAGGUAUUAUGCUCUUUUUGUUUGACUAUGACAGUCUAGUACAUUGUUAUUUUUAGUCUGAAUCUUGACUUGAGGCUUUUGGUUUUAAAUUCUAAUACUAAUACAACAUUGCAAUGUAACAUAAAGGAUGACAUACUCGAUUAUGAUGUAUUACAUGUUAACUUAUUUACAAAAACUGUUUUGUCCUGUACAAAAGUGUAGUUACCUGAACCCCAGCAUGUUUUAUUGGGAUGUCAUUUUUAAAUCAACAUAAAUACUGUAACCAUGACUGGAGAAUUAAAUGCAUUUGUACAUG